AUGUCCACUGGCCAAAAGUCAUCACUUCCUCGGUCCACAAGCACUUUAUCAACCUCUAGCCCUAACCCAGAUCCUGUCAGCCUAUUCCUUAGGGACAGUAAUAUCGACCUGUUGCCGGAAGACUCUGAGAAAGGGCUCUGGUCAUAUCAAGAAUGGCCCGAGUCACAUACCGUACCCUACAGCCCUUCCAUGCAAUCCCACGUUACAUUGGAUGACUUGUCUAUGACCCCUUGUACCGCAAUGGAAUGUGAAGUGGAGUUUGACUUCAAUGCUUUCAUUGACGUUGACCUGGGAUUCAGCCAGUCAGCCCUGGACUCAGACGUUUAUCCCGAAUUCCAGGCCCAGGAUAUAGUCCUUGAGAAUUUCAGCUGGGUUCGUCAAGGAAAUAUCCCCUCUCCUGGUUUCGGGGAUCACCAGGAUGAUUUCAAUUCUAAUUGCCUCCCGAAUGACCCGUUCAUUUCAAUGAGCUCCGCCACGGACGAUAUCCUUGGAACUGAGAUCUAUGCCAUCAAUGCUAUGGGCAGAAGCAGCAGAAAGGCCCGUCGUAAUCUUAGAUGCGAAUGGGAAGGGUGCAAGAACAGCAGGCAGUUUAACCGUCCCGCAGAAUUGAGAAGGCAUGUUAGAACCAUUCAUGUUUUCCCGAAAGCCUAUGAAUGCACUUACGCUGGUUGUCGCCAGCUUUUCAAUAGGAAGGAUAACUUGAAGGAACACAUGAUCAAAAGACAUAAGAUGCCUUUUUGA